AUGUUUGGCAGCAUCACAACAGCAGCGAGAAGCGUCGCAUCAAGGCGCACACCAGCAGCGGUAGCGACGGCGACGGCGGCGGCGGCCGUUUCGCCUCUUCGAUCCUUAUCAACCACACGAAAACUCUCCAACGCUUCGCCAUCGGCAGCAGCGCAACAAGAAGAGGUCACAGCAGGCGAACAAAAGAUCCGCGAUAUCUUGACAGCCAAGUUCAACCCUUCCGUUCUCAAGGUGCAGGAUGUUAGUGGCGGCUGCGGAAGCUUCUACGCAAUCCAGCUCAGCUCGAAGGAGUUCAAAGGCUUGUCCACCGUCAAGGCGCAUAGACUCGUCAACGAGCAGUUGAAAGAUGUGAUCAAGGACAUUCACGGCUUGCAGUUGAGAACCGUGGCUGAAGACUAA